GCGGUGUCUGUGAGGUCACCCUGCCUCUCCCAGCUGGAGGAGCGGGAGGAGGGCAGACAUGGAGGUCGUCCCCCCGGUCAGAUCCAGCCUCUGGGGGAUUCUGCGGCUGCUGGCGAAGCUCUGUGUGCUGCUGGUGCAGAACCGGGCCCACCUCUAUAAUUUCUUGCUCCUCAAGAUCGUCCUCUUCAACCACUGGCUGUCGGGGCUGGCCCAGGAGGCCCAGGGGUCCUGUGGCCAGCAGGCCUACCCACCCACCCCGGUGCUCACAGCCUGCCCCAUGGCCCGGGUUCUCCGGGCUGGGCUGGCACUGAUGGAGGUUCCUGUGCAGCUGGUGCUGCGGGCACCCAGGCUGGUGUGGGCAGGCAUGCUUGGCUGUGCCCGGGCCUUUAGCCUGGCCCUGAAGCGGCUAGGCGCCUGGGAGUGGCUGGGCCUGUCUGUGGCCACCUGGAUGGACCUGCUUCUGUCAUGUCUACACAGCCUGAUGCUGGUGGUUUUGUUGCUGCUGCUGCUGACCUGGAAGUUGUGCUGGAAGGCCCACCGCUGUAGCCUGGGCUGGCUGUCCAGCAAGUCUGCUUGCCCCUUCCAGGCGCUGCUGGAGAACUGCGUGGUGCUGGAGCUCCUGGCCCUGCUGAAGCGUCUGUACUGGUGGGUGGAGAGCACGACAGUGCUCACCUCCUGGCACCUGGCCUAUCUUGUCACAUGGACCACCUGCCUCGCCUCCCACCUGCUGCAGGCUGCCUUUGAGCAUACAGCCCAGCUGGCCCAGGCCCAGGAGGCUGAGCCCCAGGAAGCCCUAGGGCCCUUGUCUGAGUCCCUUUUCCCUGAGCCCCUGGCCCCCCAGGCUGGGCCAGUCCUGCCAGAGCAUGGAACCCCUGGAGAAUAAAUGUGUCCCCAUCUGCC